CCCGCGCCAGCAGCGUCCCAGCGCCGGAGCCGCACGGCCCAGCAGCGAGCGCCCAGCCCGGCCCGGCCCCGCCAGCCGCCCCCCAUGGAGGAGCAGCCACACCACCACCAUCACCACCAUUACUACUACUACAGCGGCCACCACCACCACCACCACCCGCAGAGCGCGUACCUGCCGCCGCCCGACGGCCGAGCCCAGCCCAAGCCGCCGCUCCGACACGAGCACAAGCACGGCGGCCCGCAGCACCAGGAGACGCCGAAGCGGAGAACAGGCUAUGGAGAGCUAAAUGGUAAUGCAGGAGAAAGAGAAGUGUCGUUAAAGGGCCUGUGUGCUGAUGAAACCAGCACCCCGGGAUCCAGGGUACCCAAUGGCAGCCAGCAGCUCGUAGACACUAACGCGACCCCAAAGCAGACGGUGAAGUCCAGUGCUUUGGGGAAAGCUGGAAUCAAACCCAAGAACUUCAUUCAGAAAAAUAGCAUGGACAAAAAGAAUGACAAGUCCUACGAAAAUAAACUCAGAGAAAGCCAGCCCUCAGACAAGCCAGAGGGAGUAUCUAUUCCAAACGGCGUGGUAACCAAUAACUCCAGCUACAUCACGAAUGGCUACGUAGGCAAAGGGGCCGAUAAUGAUGGCAGCGGCUCCGAGAGUGGAUACACUACGCCCAAAAAACGGAAAGGCAGGCGCAACAGUGCCAAGGGUUGUGAGAACUUGAAUCUAGCACAGGACAAAAUAAUGCAACAGGAGGCCAGCGCACCAACCUUGAAACAGGAACUUGAGAGUUUCAAGCCUGAUUAUAGUGAACAAAAGGGGAACCGAAUUGAAAAUACUAAACCCAUUUGGAAAUACGAGGCUGGGGCUAGUGGAGCAGGCCGGGGAAAGCCUGGGCUUGGGGAUGUACAGCGAAAAAACUCUGAUGCCAAACCUGGGAUUAGCAGCAAGAAGUUUGAUGACCGGCCCAAAGGGAAGCACGCAUCGUCGGCUACGUCUAAAGAGGACUCAUGGACCUUAUUUAAACCACCUCCAGUUUUUCCAGUGGACAAUAGCAGUGCUAAAAUUGUUCCCAAAAUAAGUUAUGCAAGUAAAGUUAAAGAAAAUCUCAACAAAGCAGCUCAAACCCCAUCCACGUCGUCUUCAUCAUCUUCGUCGUCUGCCGGGGAAGCUCAGGCCCCAACAUCAAGUCGGCUGUCCCAAGUCCCCAUGUCUGCUAUGAAAUCUGUUACUUCUGCUAGCUUCUCAAACGGGCCCAUUCUAGCAGGGACUGACGGAAGUGUGUAUCCUCCAGGGACCCAGGCAUUGCUUUCAACUGCUGCUAGUACUGUACCAUCAAGCUCCUCCUCCUCCGAGUCAGCAUCCCAGGACAUGAGUACAACUUCAACAGCUCUCGAACAAAAGAAAUCUAGCCUUUUUAUCUACCCUUCAAAUAUGCAAACUGUGCUCCUGGGUACAACACAAGUCGAUUUCCCAUCGCAGACGAAUCAGCAGAACCUGGGAGAUAUCUUCCAGAAUCAGUGGGGCUUGUCUUUCAUCAAUGAGCCCAGCACUGGGCCCGAAACUGUUGUGGGGAAAUCUGCAGAUAAUCAGUUAAUGGAAGUGACAUUUCAAGGGGAAUAUCCUGCCACUUUGGUUUCACAGUGUGCUGAAAUCAUUCCCUCAGGAACUGAACAACCUGUGUUUCCUAAGGCUUAUGAGCUGGAUAAACGGACUAGCCCUCAAAUUCUUAGUUCUGUUCUUAAGCCUGGGACUGCUGUUGAGGGUGGUGUCUUACCUUUGGAGUCGCAUCACACAGGUGACCUACAAAAGGCAGACACUGGUAGCCAAGGUGCUUUAGUGUUUCUUUCAAAAGACUAUGAAGUAGAGAAUCCUCUGGCCUCUCCUACGAACAAUUUGCUAGCCUCCGCCAAAGAACAGAGGUACCAGAGAGGCCUAGAAAGGAAAGAUAGCUGGGGUUCUUUUGACCUGAGGGCUGCUAUUAUAUAUCACACUAAAGAAAUGGAAUCGGUUUGGAAUUUGCAGAAGCAAGAUCCCACAAGGAUAAUCACUUAUGAUGAAGCCAUGGAUCGCCCGGAUCAAUGAAGGUAGCAAGACAAGACUGCCUGUUCUAACCUUUCUGCAGCAUUUGUGCUGUUCGUGGGGGACAAAAGGCUUUUAUGCUCCUUCUAAAUCUUCAGUGCAGCAGAGGAACCAUAACUAGAAUCGCAGGAUAAUAUAUACAGAUAUAUAUAUAGUUAUUUAAAAAUGGCAACUGAAAGUAAUUAGACUUCUUAAGGAAUCUGAAAAUUUAUUUCAACGAGACUCCACACGUGAUUAUUUAAUCUCCGGUACUGAAUAGAUUCUGUUCUGUUCUGUUUUGUUUUCGUUUUUGUUUCGUUUUUGUUUCAAGAGUGAAUGCAAGUGAUUAACGAAUACAGACUCGAUUUACAAGCCCGGUUCUAAAGUCCCUGCUGUCGUCUACGUGGGCAACAGCAACCCACUGGAGAGGCAUUUCCACUUGACAAGGUUUCUGUUUCUUGUUCUGUGACUGUAGUGACACACUAAUCACAGGGAAAUCAGGAUGAUUCACCAUCCUUCAUCUCCCCUUUCCCUUCCACCUCCCCUGCUUGGGGGGUUUAUUUUCUCUGUUGUGUUUUCCAUUGAACGCUGGAGAAAUGCCUUGAAGUUGCAGAGCUGCUUUUCUUUUUCAUUUGUGGGGUUUUUUGUUUUCCAGAGAAUUAUGAUCUGCAUGUUUUGCCAGGAGUAAAGCAGCAAUCCCAUGCUGGGGAUAUUGUCUUAAAAGCAUCAUUUUGUUUUUUCUGGGGGAAAGAUGAUAAUACUGCAGUUCUAGGAUACAUGGUGAAGUCACACAGUUGACCCGACUCCGGUUACACGUUGGACUAUUGCAGCUGAAGAGUUACUUCAUUUUAAAAGACAACAUGCAAAAAUAAGCGAUCUGUUUAGGCUUCUGAUAUGGAGGGGGGAAAAAAAAAGCCACAAAAAAAACCCACUGUUCCCAUAGUUUAAUGCCAUUGUAUUACUGGGAGCAAAAAAAAAAGGUAUCUUCUGCUUUCAACUGUAGGUGCUUCAUAUUUGCUCUGUCUGUCUCCUAACACUAAAUGUGCUGGAUUUUUUUCCCAUUUUCGUUAGAAAACUGAAGAGGAAUUGAGUUCUGCUAACUUUUACUCUUCUUGAAUUAUUUUCUUUUCUCUUAAAAAAAAAUCAAAAAGAAAAAAAAAAAAGGAAAAAAAGAAAGGAAAAAAAAAGCUAAAAAUGGGAAUUUGAAUCCUUUUCACUUUGUCCAUAGAACACCAAUGGCUGGGCGUCCUGCACCUGCCCAUUGGAGAUGCUCUUUUAUAUUUUAAUGCAGUCUGUGUAUUUCUGGGCUCUGCUUCUAAUUAUGUCUUAAUAAAAAUAUAUUUUAUUACCAAAAAAAUGGAGGACUUAGGAAUGAAAGUAAUAAUUUAAAAAUAAAGCUAAAACAUUUUAAAAAAAGAUAAAAAAAUAUAUAAAAACCUCCCUCCCAAGGAAAGGAAAUGUUCCUGGCAGUGGUAGAGAAGGCUGAGCAGUCUGCAGCCCCCAGCUGGCACCCGCUCUGUCCCAGUGCAGCUCCCAUAGCGCGUCCAAAUUGUCUUGGGCUUGGGUAGCUUUUCUGGGUGAGGAUUUUUUUUGCUUUUAAAAAGAUGAAAAGUUCACAGGGUCCAGUGCAAGAAUGAAGCAAAAAUGGGGUUUCUGACCCACCCAAGCUCCACACAUCCCCAGGUUCAUUGUGGGUGUUGUGGCCGGUAUUGGCUCGUGUGUCUGGGUGUCGAGGUCUGCAGCAGUCGGUGUCUCCUCAAGGUAGACUGGACCCUCUGGGGCAUUACAGGAAGCAGAGAAGCCCAAAACUUUUGCCUACCCCUUAUGCUUAGAUUUAUCCACCUCUCUCUUUCUUUUACGUUCUGUUUUUGUUAAGUAGGAGUAUGUAGCAUGUGCUUUUUAGUUGUUUUUACUCUUUUUGAAUGAUUGUUCCUGCAUUGGACGCUUUAGGUUCACGAUGCAACAAUGAACCUUCAUCCUGUACCUUUUGUAAGAUUGCUAGCUUUCUGCCACGCUUAGUUUGAAAAGUUUGACUAUGGAUUGCCUACUCCAUUGUAUGUAUAACACACUAUAUAGUAUGAUACUGUAGUGGAAUACUAUAUAGUCCUCAUGUAUUGUAUCAGUCCAGGUUCAGAAACGUGUGGUUGGCCAGUCGCAAAUAGUUCUGUUUCACCUUAUAACCUGUACCACUGUUACAGGGGUGUGUAACUUUGCAGAUGUAUAAGAUGUUUACAGAUGUGCCCAACAUCUAGUCCUCCAACGGUCCCAUCUUUGGUUCUGUCAAGUCUCAGACUGCUUGCCAAAAGUCAGAAUCGCCUCCAGCUCCGCUGCAGAAGAGCUGGGGCAUUCCUGAGCUUUAAAGUGUUGAACAAACUGGAUGAUGGGACUGGGAAAAUUAAGGUGGAAGAAAUGUUCUCUGUUUUUCUUAUCUUUUUUUUUCCUUUUAAUAAUUAUUAUUGUUUUCCAAAAGUUGAAGGCUGAUAGCAAAGUUUCCAGUUUGUUUUCCUGGCUUUAAGGCUCUGCUGUGUAUUUGUUUGCCUUGUGUAGUCACUUGUCGCCUUAAGGGCUGGGUUCCAUUCAAACAAAACAAAAAAAAAAGGAAAAAAAAAAAGGAAAAGACAAAAAAAAAAAGACAAAACCAAACCCUGUUUUGCUGAACUGAGGUGUGUGCUGUCCUCGAGCCUCUGCCCCUCAUCCGCUCAGAGGGUUGGUGCCAUGCAGAAGCUGAGCAGCAGUAACCCUGUGCUGUUAGAGAUCUGAGUCUUGCUGACUGUUUGAGGAUGCUCCUCGUGGCCUAGUCCAGUCUAGCUUCUAAAUAGUGAAAGACAUGCUGAAAGAAACACAGCUCAAGUGAUGCUUUGGGUUGGUUUUUUCUCCCCCACGUUCAUCCCUGCUGCUUAGCCGCCCUGCGCGUGGCCCCUGCCCGGCGGGACCCAUCCACACACACCUUCUGCAGCUUCUCUGCUCGUUCUCUCUUCCACUGUCUGUCUGCCUCCAUGAGCUCCACAGCCUGUACUCAGCCCUAAGCAGUUAGGAAAUCGUGUCUCUGAGCUCCUGCAGCUCCAGCUUGCUGGUGUGGGCUGUAUUUCUGAGAUAGCCCAUUGCUUAGAGCCAGGCAGCACUGUGGAAGAAACCUCCUUGUGCUGUCAUGUAACUCACCUCUUCGCUGUCUGUAGUCCUCUCAAAGUUCUCACACGAUUCUUUACUGAGCACUUAUUAAAAAUAUCUUAAGAUUUAA